UUCAAUUGAUUAUCAUCAUUUAGAUAACUGGCUUCUUUCGUUGAAAAGCGCCGAAAACCAUUGGAAUUCGUAUGCAAUAACUAUUAUUGCAUAUGCAAAAGAUUUAAAACAAGGAAAAAGAAGGUUGAAGAGAGCACUGAAGUCGGACAACGUGAAAAGUACUGAUGAUGACGUGUGUAAUAUUAAUGAAGAAUCAGUAAUGAUAUUGUGCAAAGAUUCCCUGCAAAAUCAGUUAAAUGCAGUGAAGCCAUUUUUAAUCGUUGACGAAUCUCCUUCGACAAGUUCUUCACGAGCUUUUAUCAAAACAAAAACAAAGAAAAAACAAGAGAUAUCAUCAGCAGAAAAUGUACUUCCUUCAACAUCAAUCGCAAUGCUUCCAGUUAUAAAUGAAGAGACGACAGCCGAGAUUUUGAACGUACAACCGAUUUCAGUGGAUGGGACAGAUUAUAUCGACCAAAAAUUUCAACAGCUCCAGAAAGAACUUACAAACCAAAUUUUAUCCGUCAAAAGAAGUAUUUUGUACGAUUUGGAUAAGAAGAUAAACGAAGUGAAACAUACAAUUAUCAUUAAUCAAUCAAAUGCUAAUUAUCAACCAGAAAGAAGCAUCGAAAAGUUAAAAGAAGCAUUAACAAUUGCUCUAUCAACAAUAUCACUGGAUCACUUUUUACAAUUAGAAAAUUUAUUAAUGGAUUCUCCACAGAACAAAGAAGCAUUGAUGGCUUUGUUCCGUGUACUUAUUAUUACACAAUCCAAUUUGAAAGAAAGCAUUGCUAAAGUAAUGAGUUCAAUAAUGACGAAGGCAGUAGAAUUACAAUAUUCGGGAACAGGAAAAAUAAUUAAUGGACAGUGCUAA